AUGGACCUCGUCACGCAGCUCGACAACGACAUCGACCUCCUGCUCAAGAUUAUGUCGUCGUCAAUCGCCUACGUCUCGCGAAAGGCAAAGCACCAGCAGCUGCCCGACUCGCUCGUGCCCCUCACCAUCACCGGCCGCACCGAGGCCGUGGAGCCGCACGAGAUGAGCGAGUCGAUCGACGAGCUCGUGGCCGACCUCGUGCUCAAGGCAAAGGAGAUCCAGGAAAUCAUCCUCCACCUCCCCGACGACAAGCUCGGCGAGGACGAGACGCUGCAAAGAGACCUGGCCCAGCUCGAGAGCGAGAUGCGGGUGGCAAACCAAGACUACCGCCAGGCGCUCAAGGAGGCGGAGACGUUGAGGGACCAGGUCAAGACGCUCACGCGCCAGCUAUGCGACGGCCAGGCCGAGCUGAGAGCCUGGCUGGUCAAGGACGACUGA